AUGCCCCUCGCGCGCCUGUCUCGCGUCCUGUGGGAGCGUGACCCCGCCGCACAUGUUAUGCGCGCGGCGCGCCAUAGGGUGUGGCCCGGGGUAGGCCCCCCGGAGGACGCCGAGUUGCGCUCUUCAAUGUUCUACCGUGAUCGACACGUCAAUAUAGGCCUUGUCUUCAGAGCUCUCACCCUCGAUUUCUGCUGGCGAGAGGCGCGUAUUGGCUCGCGGACUCUUGUAAAUAUGACCAGUCGAGCGGACUCGAUAAGCCCCCAGGUGAGUCCUCAACAAUGGCGCAUCCCGAUGGGUUUGUGGCGCGCGGCAGAACGCCCCCACGUGUUAAAGAUGGCGGGAGAUGCGCAGCGGCUGUGCUCCUUCGUCGUGGCCUUCGACGUCUCCGAUAAUUGCAAGCUCUCCGACCGUCCAGGAACGCUAAAAUACAUGAAGUUUUCGGACGUGCUACCAGCCUUUCAUGGUCUCUUGUUUUGUGCUAAGCGCCGCCUCAUCGCACCCUUUUCCGUGUUUAUCCUCCGGAGUCUAUAG